AUGGUUCAUUUAAACAAAUCAAUUCGUGAAGGAGACAAUGCUGAUUUGACAUCCGAAAGAUUGACAGCCACAUUCAACACUCAUGAAAUGGCAGCUCAUCUUCAUCAAGGCCGUCACCAUGCUCAAAGAAGACGUGAAAUCACUGAAGCUAUUGAGAAGAUUCCAGAACUUCAUGAUAGUCAACCAUAUCCAUUUAUGACACGGGAAGAGAAAAUAAAUGAAGGAGCUAGAAAAUUGGAGGCUGUUACAAGACAUAUGGAGAAGAUUAUUGAUCCGAAUAAUGCUGCCGAACUUUUUCAUUUGAAUAAGUGAGUUGGGAUUUUUUGAAAAAUAUUGAAAAUUUCUGAAAAAAACCGUACAGAUAGAUUGAAGGAUUAUAUGGACCUAAAAUUGCAUUUAAAAAAAAUUAAAGGUUUUCUUGGAGUCUGAGCAAAAAUAAUGUUGUGCUCAUUUGAAAGACCGUGUUUUAAUUACUACAAUCCUCGAAGGAAUUUGUCUGGAAGCUUCUAAAACAUUAGUUUAAAAAUUUUAAAGUCUGGAAAAAACAAUGAAACACCUUGUAAAAAUUAAUGUUUGAGAAGCUUCCAGAAAAAAAUAAGCCAACGAUUUAUCCAGAAUCUCUUGAAACCUUUUCUCUAUAAAUUGUUGUAAUUAUAGUUUUCUGAGCUCUCCGAACCCUAACUCCCAUUUUUCCAGCGAAGUUCUGGGCCUCGAAGGAAAUGCGUGUGCUCUCCACGGUGUCAUGUUCAUCCCUGCAAUCCUCGGUCAAGCUGAUGAUGAGCAACAAGAAAGAUGGUUGCAUCGAGCAGUCAACCGAGAAAUUAUCGGAACUUAUGCACAAACUGAACUUGGACAUGGAACAAUGUUGAGAAGAUUGGAAACAACUGCUACUUUCGAUAAACAAACUGAUGAAUUUGUUUUGAACACACCAAGUAUCACAGCUCUCAAAUGGUGAGUUCGUUUUAUUUUUUUUUUUUUGGAAAUUAUUUGUUUUUUUUUCAUUCCAGGUGGCCUGGAAAUCUUGGAAAAUCAUCGAAUUACGCGGUCGUUGUUGCCACUAUGAUUAUUGAUGGGAAAAGCAAAGGUCCACAUACUUUUAUGGUUCAACUUCGCGAUGAGAAAACACACAAUCCAUUAAAAGGAAUUACAAUUGGAGAUAUUGGACCAAAAAUGGCUUAUAAUAUCACAGAUAAUGGAUUCCUUGGAUUCGACAAUUUCAGAAUUCCAAGAAGAAAUAUGCUCAUGAGGCACGCGAAACUUGAUAGAGAUGGAACAUAUACCAAACCAUCACAUGCAAAAAUCAAUUAUUCAGCUAUGGUUCAUGUUAGAAGUUAUAUGAUCAGUCAUCAAGCACUUUUCCUUGCGUCUUGUUUAACUAUUGCGGUUAGAUAUUCUGCUGUAAGACAUCAAGGACAUAUUGAUCCAAAGGCUCCAGAGGUUAAAGUUCUUGAAUAUCAAACACAACAACAUCGACUCUUCCCACAUAUUGCUCGAGCUUACGCUUUCAAUUUUGCUGGAGCUGAAACUGUCAGACUUUAUCAAAAAGUUUUGACUGAUAUUGAGGAAGGUGACACUUCUUUGAUGGCUGAUCUUCAUGCGCUGACUUCUGGCUUGAAAUCUGUUGUUACUUAUUUGGGAGGAGAAGGAAUGGAGCAAGUAGGUUUCUGUUAAUUUAGCUUAAACCAAAUUCCAAAUUUUUGUAGGCUCGCAUGUCUUGUGGAGGUCACGGUUACUCGCAAGCCAGUUACUUCUCUGAAAUCUACGGUGUCGCGAUUGGUGGAUGCACAUACGAAGGAGAAAACAUGGUGAUGAUGCUUCAACUCGCUAGAUAUUUGGUGAAAUCUGUUGCCGCUGUUAAACAAGGGCAAGGCAGCAAAUUGCCACCACUUGUCGCGUAUUUGGGGCAGAAGAGUGAAUCAACUUCUUUGAUUGAUAGAGUUCCAAAUGGUGGAUUUACUGAGUAUAUCAAGACUUUCCAACAUAUCGCGAGACGUCAAACAUUCUCAGCAGCGGAGAAGUUUGUGAAACUCAUUGAGAAUGGAACACCAAGAGAAGUUGCAUGGAAUAAAUCGUCUGUUGAAUUGAAUAGAGUGAGUUUGAAGGGAAAUAAAGAUGCACAAAAAAUUCAUUGAAAAAUGUUCAGGCAAGUCGUCUCCACACUCGUCUUUACAUCGCUGAAGCUUUUGUCAGAAAAGUCAAUGAAGUCGCUGAUCCAACAAUCAAAGAUGCUUUAUCCGAUCUUCUCCACCUCCAUCUCAACUAUGAAUUGUUAGAUGUUGCGACCUAUGCAUUGCAAGACAAUUUCUUAUCAACUUCUCAACUCGACUACGUUCGUGAUCAACUUUACCUAUAUCUCGAAAAAGUUCGACCAAACGCCGUGUCAUUUGUUGAUUCUUGGGAGAUCAGUGACCGUGAACUCAGAUCCGUAAGCAACGCGCAUAUUUCUGAAUUUCACCAAAUGAAAACCUUUCAGGUUCUUGGUCGUCGUGACGGUCACGUUUACAAAAAUCUCUUCGAAUGGGCCAAACAAAGUCCUCUCAAUCGAACAGAUGUUCUUCCAUAUGUUGAUAAAUAUUUGAAGCCAAUGAUGAAACAACAACAAAGUAAAAUCUAG